UUCGCAGUUGGAUUUUAACAAAAAGCCCUAAAAAGAAAGAGGGGCAAAACAAUAUGCGUGGUGGUACAAGAACAACUAGACUCCAGCAGCAGCUCCAAUAUCUCACAAAAGGCUCCACUGUUGAAGUCACUUCUGACGAAGAAGGUUUUAAAGGAGUGUGGUUUGAAGCCACAAUCCUCGGUCUCUCUUCUCCCACAUCCAAGAAAAAUAGGGUUUUGGUUCAGUAUAACAACAUUUUCGCUGACGAAAAUGGUUCCGAGCCUUUAAGGGAGCUAUUGUCUGUUUCUUUUGUACGACCCGUACCUCCGCUUGAGACAGUUCACAGUUUUGAGUUGUACGACGUUGUUGAUGCUUCUUAUAAGGAUGGUUGGUGGACAGGUGUCGUAACCAGGGUCUUAGACGGUUUUAGGUAUCAAGUGACCUUUAAUAACCCACCGGACGAACUUGUAUUUGGUGUUACUGAGUUGAGAUUUCAUAAAAAAUGGGUCAAAGGGAAAUGGGUCCGACCCGGGAAGCAGAGAACAGGCUCAUUGAUGUUUAGUGUGGGAAAGAAUGUGGAAGUAGCGUUCGAUAGGGAUGAUUGCCGUGAUGCUUGGUUUCCCUCAAAAGUCCUUGAACAUUGUGAAAAUGGCCUUUUUUUGGUGGAGAGCUAUAGGACAGUCAACAAAAAGGCAGCUAUUGACAAAGUAACAGUUGAUUCGUUCCAUAUCCGACCUCUUCCACCGCAAAUCACAAGGAAGAAAUUCAAUUUGCUGGAAAAAGUGGAUGCAUUUUAUGAUCUUGCCUGGUGGAGUGGUGUCAUCACUAGAGAGCUUGCUGGUAGUAAGUAUAUUGUCUUUUUUAAGACCCCUAACAAGGAGAAGGAGUUUAGCGACUCUGAUUUGAGACCUCAUAUGGAUUGGAAAGAUGGGCAAUGGUUUACUAAUCGGGACAUUCCAAUUCCUUCAGAUUGUCAAACUAAUGGAAGCAAUAACUGCAAUGACGCUAGUCUUCCACAGAAGGAUGUUCCACUUGGCAGAUCAAGCACUAUGAAUGAGAUCUCUGAGGAAAAAACACAUCAUUCUAUAAAGAAUAUAGAGGAUCUUAAUGAGACACCUUCAACUGAUGAGAUUCUCCUUUCCAAUCGUGAUGCUGCAUCUCCACAGCCACUAGAGCCGCCCAAAGACAUGUCACUUGAAGCCUGUAAACUUAGUUCAAAGCCUUCUAAAAAACCCCGUACAAAGAGUCCCUUUGGUCAUCCCAGCCCCAGAACUGAAAAUGCUGAAAUGAAGAGUUCAGUAACUGUAGCUAGAGAUGAGCAACCUCAUAUUCGCUCUUGGCAGAACAGAACUAGAAAGAGAUGCCAGGAACUUGGUGAAGAGAAGGGUGGGGCACUUGAGAAGUUGCGAGGCCUAAAAUCUCCUACAACAGGUAACAAGGGUAUUGCAAUAGAAAAUGCUGCUGACGUUACUCCAAAACGUUCUAUGCGUAAAGAAACUGAUGUUCCUGUCAUCAUAGGGUUGGAGUGUACUAAAAUUAGGAGCUCGAAGGCUAAAAAGUCUCGUCAAAUUAAUAAUGAAUCUUUGGAAGCUAUUGGAGAUCAGAAGCAGAUUGAUGCUGCUGUAGAUGGUAUACAGGAGACCAACCACUUAGGUGAUGGAGAGAGCAGUCAGAAAAGAAAAAGGGGAAGACCACCUAAGAAACUAAUUUCAAUCCCAACAGAUAAGGAACCAAGUGAAGAUCAUUCAAAAGAUCAGAGCUCAGGUCCUGUCGAGCUAGAAGUUAUGGUAAUUGAAGAUGGUAAGGAGCAGGUAGAGGUUCCCAAUCAAAAAGAUGGUAAGGAGCUGGUAGAGGUUCCCAAUCAAAAAGAUGGUAAGGAGCUGGUAGAGGUUCCCAAUCGACAAGAUGGUACGGAGCUGGUAGAGGUUCCCAAUCAAAAAUAUAUUGAGGAGCUGGUACAGGUUCCCGAUCAAAAAGAUGGUAAGGAGCAGGCACAGGUUCAAAUUGGGCACAGCAGAAAAAGAGGCAGGACGAGGAAGGUGGCCCAUAUAAAACUGUCAAAUGAGAAAGCAGUUCAGUCUUCAUCCCAGCAGCAUGAGAAGCAUUAUGUAAAGAGGGAAAAACGACAGGCAAAAAGUUUAAAUAUUGAAUCUCAAGCUCAAGGUUCUGUUGACUCUUCUGGAGUAAAAACUUCUGAAUCAAACAGGAUAGCAAGCGAUGGUGAGGAAGUUCUCGCUGAAAUACCCUACAAUGGAUUCGAUGAUCAACCCCUUGCAAAGUGGUUUGAAGAAAUACAGUCUCCAACUUCUGUUGAUGGAUCGAGAGUUUCACCUGCACGUAGUCCGAAAAAAUGUGCUGAGACGAGGGAGAAACAAGACAUUCCCAUGCAACCUCCUGUCAAUGGGACCCCAGCAGCCCAAACUGAAAGCCAGAGCUUGCCUUUUGUGAAAAAUACACUACUUUGGUCAACAAUUGAAUCCAUGGAUAUUUUCAGGAGGAUUCCUCAGAAGCCACAUUUCAAUCCGUUGGAAAACUGUAAAGAGAGUUCCCGUGAAGGAGUAGCUAUAGGUUAUAUGGUAACUUUUUUAAGCAUCGUAGAGAGGACUUCUAGAUUGCACUAUGACGAUCCUAGAAGCACCAUUCAGGAAAUUUUGGAGACUCUCAGCGACUUGGAAACCCAGGGAUUUGAUGUGCAGCUUGUACGAGAUCGUCUGACUGAGUUAUUGUUGAUGAAAGAUAAGCAGGAAAAGCUUGAAACACAGGUUGCAGAUAUUGAUAAUCAGCUUAUCAUGCAUAAUACGGACAAAGAACGUAUUGAUGGAGAGAUUGAAGAGAUCAAUAAACAAAUAGCAGAAUUACAGGAUAAACUAUCCCUGGCUACUUCGAGGAAGGAGGUUAAGGACCGUGAAAUUGCUGGUUUAACGUCAAAGUUAAAGGAUAUUCAAGCAGACACAAAGAAGGCACAUGAUGAAUAUGACAGUCUUGCUAGUAAACCUUUCUAACUGCCAUCAGUAUUUCACCGUUAAGGGUUUACCUUGAAGCAUGGGUUGCUGCUAUUGCAUGAAUGGUAUUGUAAUCACUAGUGUCUUAGUUUGGGUACGUGUUUUGUCAACCAUUUGUGGAUCAUGCCAAAUGUUGUAUAUGUCCUGUCUAGGUAACUUCGUUAGAGUCGUACAUGUUUUUGGAUGGCCUAUAGUUUGUCAGCUCCGGACAACAUUUCGUGGACCUUAAGGUUCAAAAUGACUUUAGAAACUUAUUUGACCACGAGUUUCCUCAGGCCAGAGGAAAUAGUUAUGUGAUGAAUCUGAUGCUGUUGUUGAUUGUGCCUCUGUUAUUUUCUUUA